CCCCCACGGUGAGUGACAGGUCAGGUAUCUACCACCGCGCCCCCUCGCUGAGUGACAGGUGGACUACCACCGGCACCCCCGAGCUGCGGCGCUUUCCCUGUUCGGUGUAGCGACAGUUGGUCGUUAUGAGUAAACUUUCAAACUUCUUUCGAGGCGGCUCGAGCUCCUCGAGGUCGUCCCGUUCCAGAAAGCCGGGUCCGAGCCCGCAGGAGGCCUUGAAGCGUCUGCGAGAGACGGAGGAGAUGUUGACCAAGAAGCAGGAGUACCUGGAGAGCAGGAUUGGAAAAGAGCUGGAGAUCGCCCGGAAAAAUGGCACCAAGAACAAGCGAGUUUCACUACAAGCAUUGAAAAGGAAGAAGAGGUUGGAAAAGCAAUUAGCACAAAUUGAUGGAACCCUUUCUACAAUCGAAUUCCAGAGAGAAGCGUUGGAAAAUGCAAAUACAAAUACUGAAGUGUUGAAAUCUAUGGGCUAUGCCGCAAAGGCCAUGAAAGCGGCUCAUGAGCAUGUAGAUUUGGAUAAAAUCGAUGAGAUGAUGCAAAAUAUCACAGAGCAGCAGGAAAUAGCACAAGAAAUCUCUGAUGCAAUAUCCCGACCAGUUGCAUUUGGUUCAGAAUUUGAUGAGGAUGAAUUGCUAGCUGAAUUAGAGGAGUUGGAACAGGAAGAAUUAAAUAAGAGAAUGAUUAAAGGACUGCCAGAAGUUCCAAUCACCAAUCUUCCAUCCAGACAAGCUAAAUCUAAAAUGAGAACACCUGCUGAAGAUGCAAGUAUAAAGCAUUUGACACCUGGGCAUCAUAAAAUGGGACAGAAGAACCAAUUAUACAAAGCAACAUGAAGAUGACUUUGUAGUUCUGGGUGUGACGGCACAGGGUACUGAACCACAGUAUGUAUAGUUAGAGAGUGUCUGAGGUGUGGUAAGCUCCCAAUAUUCACAUAAAAUUCCUGCCAGAGUCAAUAAAUUAUCUACAUUUUGUGCAUUACCAUAGAUUUAGUCUGACUUGAAGCACAUGGUGAUUGUUUUAUGUACACUCAGUAUAAAAUUAGAGAUUUACAGUUACUGAGUUAUUUUCUCCAGUCUUUAUGAAAUAUUUUGAGUAAAGAGCUGAUGAAAACCUGAAAUUUUAUAAAGAUAUUGUCAGUUAAUGCAAGAACUUUUUUUAGUGAUCUCAACAAAAUUUGAUGGUUAAUUUGAAUUAACUUGGUUUUAUUCUGAUAAUCCUUUUAUAUUUUUUCCUGAAAUUCAUAGGACUAUAAGGUAGACUAUUUGCUAUUUUUUUUUAAACAAAGUGGAUGUUUUAUAAUUAGAAUUGCUCUGCCUCUACAUUCACUGUCACAUUUGAAAGCAGAACAUUUAAACUUCCAUUUUCUCUUCGUAAUUGAUUCAUAAUUCACUCCUUCAAUUAAGUUUUGGCUUUACAGUCAGUGGUACCUUUUAUAACUAAGUUGUUACCCAUAAUGGUCAAAUGAAUUGACCAUACCAAUUCAAACAGAACAACAAAUGCUUUCUUUUCCCUGUCUUCUCCCAACCCCACCCAGUAUAACUUAUUCCUCAUGAUGCAGUAUUUGAUGUCAUGCUAUUAAGUCAGCAGAGUGCUUUCUCUAUUCUGAACAGUUAAUUCAAUCGCAUUUCUGAAAACUCAUUUCUCCGAUUUUUUUUGGUCAUGGACAGCCCAGCUGCAAUUUUCUUUUAAUGAAUAAAAACUUUUCUAAUAUUAUUGUUCUUUCUCCCUGUAGAAGAUAUUGAGUAUAGGAGUAUACAUACAUUGGAGUACACUAUACAUUGAGUAUAGAGUUGGGAUGUAAUGUUAAAAUUGUACAAGGCAUUGGUAAGGCCAAAUUUGGAGUAUUGUGUACAGUUCUGGUCACCGAAUUAUCGGAAAGAUGUCAACAAAAUAGAGAGCGUACAGAGAAGACUUACUAGAAUGUUAACUGGGUUUCAGCACCUAAGUUACAGGGAAAGAUUGAACAAGUUAGGUCUUUAUUCUUUGGAGCGUAGAAGGUUGAGAGGGGACUUGAUAGAGGUAUUUAAAAUUAUGAGGGAGUUCGAGUUGAUGUGGAUAGGCUUUUUCCAUUGAGAGUAGGGGAGAUUCAAACAAGAGGACAUGAGUUGAGACUUAGGGGCAAAAGUUUAAGGGUAACAUGAGAGGGAAUUUCUUUACUCAGAGAGUGGUAGCUGUGUGGAAUGAGCUUCCAGUAGGAGUGGUAGAGGCAGGUUCGGUAUUGUCAUUUAAAGUAAAAUUGGAUAGGUAUAUGGACAGGAAAGGAAUGGAGGGUUAUGGGCUGAGUGCGGGUCAGUGGGAUUAGGUGAGAGUAGGCAUUCGGCACGGACUAGAAGGGCCGAGAUGGCCUGUUUCCGUGCUGUAAUUGUUGUAUGGUUUAUGUGGUUAUAUCAUUUAUCAGUUGUUGCAAUCUUGACCUAUUGUUCUCAGCUUGUUCCUGCAAAUUAUCUACAUAUAAAAGUUUGUUACUGUGGUAACUUUCUUAGCAACAUUGUAGGGUUUCCAAUUAACCAUGUUUUCCUCUAUUUCUAAUAAAAAAUUUAAGUAUGUUUGGAAUUUAUUUCUUUGUAAGUAUCAUGUCCUUGUAUAUAUGUGACUUUUUAAUUUCAGCAGCUGUCAAUCAUGUUGCUGAGGAUUCAGUCACACUUUGUAAUUCAUACCUGACUUAAUUGCAAAGGGGUAAACAAGCCAUUCUGAUCGAAAAGGCCUUCAAUAAACUGUUACAAUCCUUUGUGCAGUCUGAAAACAGGCAACACACACAAAACACUGGAAGAACUCAGCAGGCUAGGCAGCAUCUAGGAAUAGAGUACAGUCAAAGCAGGAACCCUUUGGCAGGAGAAUCCCCUUCUUGGAACUACGUGACAUAGCGCUUUCAAUUUCUGGUCAUAGACGAAAUAGUUUUCUGAAAUUUUCUUUGAACUGCCCAACAACUGUGCAACAUCAAGUACUGCAUUGUUGCAGCUUAUCCCUUUAUAUCCCUAGUAGCACCUGCAGGAUCACCCCCACCCCCACCCAGUAUAGUUUAGCUUUGUUUUGAAUUUGGAUACAUUCAAUUAUAAAUAGUUUUGAAUAAAUGGUUGCUGAUUAUGUGGAUUUACUAAUUAACUCAUUCUAAUUUCUUAUAUCAUAGUUUUAAAAAUCUUUCACUCUCUAAACUCACAAAAUUGUAACUACAUAGAAAAUUGAAACAUAGAAAACCUAUAGCACAAUACAGGCCCUUCAGCCCACAAAGUUGUGCCGAACAUGUCCCUACCUUAGAAAUUACUAGGGUUACCUAUAGCCCUCUAUUUUUCCUACGCUCCAUGUACCUAUCCAAAAGUCUCUUAAAAGAACCUAUUGUAUCCGCCUCCACCACUGUUGCCGGCAAUUACAUUUUAAUUGCCCUGUGAAAUGUCAGUAAACAGUGGUUAUUUUGAUUAUGACUGUAUUCCUAUUCAUAAGAUUAUGAUAGUAACCUUACCAUUUUUAGAAACUAUCUCCUUUAUUUGGACUUUUCACUUCAGAGGCCUUGCCAGGUAAUUUAUUCCAAUUCCACUUUUUGUGAUUUAUCUUUUUAUCUGUUACUCUCUAUUCUUUUAAUUUAUACCUGAGUCUGUGUAAUAAAUAAUUUUGUUGAAUUAAUCAUGUUGAUUCUUUUAUAAUUUUCAGUUGGGUUAUUGUAAGGGAAUAACUUCAGAGCUUUAAGUCUUUCUUGUUUUGUCUGUUUGAAAACUAUGUAAUUAAAUUGAGAGCAACAGACAUGAGAUAAUGUAUAGUUAAUUGUUCUCACCAGAGAGAUAUUGAAAAGUUCAUCUUCUCUUGAGUUCUAUUAUAAAAGAUGGAAAAGUUGCCCAAAGCUGCUGUUUUGCACCUCCUAUCAGCAUGUUCUGCCACCUGGAAAUUGGGAAGUUUUAUUUGAAAGAAAAGGAAAAAUAAAAGCAAAGUGUUGUUUUUAUUUUGAAAAGAAAGCAAUGAAAGGGUUAAGAGUAAUUUACAUUUUUUAUGGGAAAGAGUAUUUGUCUAAAUUCUCUUUGCCCAUCAUCUCUUCCUCAUUUUCCCAGUUGAUCAAUUAUCUGUUUUAACCUUAGAUAACCUUCUUCACUGUCAUGAAGAAGGUUACCUAAGGUUAUAAUGGGAUAUUUUGGUAUAAGCUUACUAAUUGUGACAGCAAUAUUUUCAUCCAAAUCAUUAAUAUAUGUGACAAACAACAGAAGAGGUGACACUGAUCCCCGCAGCACCCUACUGGUGACAAGCUUUUGAUUUGAGAAACAAUCCCCCAAUACCACCCAGCCAAUCACGUAUCCAGUUUGCUAACUCACUCAUGAUCCCAUGUGUUCUAACCUCCUGGACUAGCCUAACAUGUGGGAACGUCACAGGCUUUGCUAAAAAUCAUACAGACAAUGCCAAUAGCUCUGUCCUUCUCAAUCCUCUACAACACCCCUUCAAAAAUCCAUGAAAUGUGAUUCCCAUGUACAAAGCCAUGCUGAUUAUCCCUAAUUAGUCCUUGCCUUUCCAAGUGCAAAUAACUCCUGUCCCUCAGAAUCCCAUUAGUAACUUUCCCAACUGGUGUAAAGCUCACCGGCCUAUUAUUACUUGGCUUAUGGUUGAUGCCACUUUUAAAUAAAGGUACAACAUUUAUUAUCCUCCUGUCUUGCAGUACCUGUGGCUAACAAAGAUACAAAUAUCCUAAUAAUCUCUCUUGCUCCUCAUAACAUCCUAGGAUACACCUGCUCAGGCCCUGGAAUUUAUCAGUACUGUGUAUUUCAAAGCCUAAUGUUGCAUUCCUUGAUUUUAUUGUAUUCAUCAUGGAGGUGAAUUGCCUCGUUUAUUGUUCCAAGUUAAGUUGGCUGCUAACUGGAUCUGGCUAUGUAAAGUUGGAUGAAAAUCGGAACUUGGAUUUCACAUUAAAACAGAAUAGCUGUGCAGAAAAUUCAUGUCAUGGCUUACCAAGAAAAUGUACAUAAACCUUUUCUUUGGAUUUCAAUUGUAUUUUGUAUCACAAAAAUUUGAUUUUAAUUAAUACAUGAGAAGAUUAAUUAUGUGAUUUAUUCUGAGUAGGUUGUUCUUGUUAAACUUCUUGAUUCUUUUAGUCAAAGCAAAGUACAGUAUAAUUAAAAUCCAUGGAGAAAAAAAUCAGAUUUGCAAAGGUCUAAAUUACUUUUGUUAUUAGUAAUCUGCUUACUAAUAAAAUUUUCUGUUUCAGUUAAGAUGCAAUCGAGUAAUUAAAUCUGCUAUUUAAAAAUAGUUUUAUUUUGCUUGAUCAUAUAUGCUUGAGUACUCGAGAGGAUACAAAGUAUCCAAAACAAUCUUUAAGUAGAAUAUAUGUAUAUAUUGAUUUGAUUGUGUAGCUUUUUAUUGAAUCUAAAUGUAUACAUUUGGGAAAAUAAAGAAAUGUAUUUUGUAAAUAAAAAUACU